AUGUCGCUGUACGACACCUCGUCGUCGACCGUCGCCCGUCACUGGCAGACCCAACUCGCCCUCUCCGUCGCGUUCCUCAAGCAGCUCAACGGGCCCAUCCGACUCGAAGACCUCGCCCUCAGGUCGGGCGUCGAGGGGCUGCUGCACAACCACGAGCUCGUCGAGGGAUUGAAGAAGCAUGAGCGGGUGCGGUACACGGAGAAGACGGGCUUGUUUGCGUACAAGCCCGACUUCAUCCUCUCGUCCAAGAACGACCUCCUCAUCCUCCUGCGACGACACUCUCCACAAGGCGGGCUGCCGGUGAAGAAGCUGCGCGAAUCAUGGGCGGGAGUGACGACGGCUAUCGAGGAGCUUGAGCGGGAAGGGAGGGUGUUGGUUACGCGAACGGGCAAGACGGAGCAGAGUCAGGAGAGGGAGGGUCAGAUGAAGAUGGUCUUCCUGGACGAUAUCGGCAAGGAGAAGGACCCGCUGGAUCAAGAGUUCCGCGACCUAUGGCGCUCGCUCAAGACGCCUGUCGGCGACGAGCUAGCGCAGGAACUCAAGAAUGCCGGUCUCACCGCAUCCUCUGCCGCGCCUCCUCCGCCCACAACGACCAAGGCGAAGGCCAAAGGUCGCAAGGGUCCCGGCUCGUCGAACCGGCGGUUCAAGAUCACCAACGUGCAUCUCAAGGACCAGGGCAUCGACCUGUCCAAAGACUACGUCCCGUCGAACCGUUGA